UACGUUCUCAGCGUGUGCGCAGGUGCACAGUGGCAGUGCCACAAAGUAAGGUACAGCGACCAUCGCAAACUGCCAUUCAUCAAGCCUCUGUGUCCAGCGAACAUGGAGUACAACGCUUGUCCAUCUAACUGCCCUCUCACCUGUGAAAAUAUGGACUCUCCGUCUACCUGUGAUGUCUCAACCUGUACGCCAGGCUGUGCCUGCAUAGACGGCUAUGUGUUAGAUGGGGACAAGUGUGUCAAAGAAUCUAUGUGCCCAUGUCAGCAUGGAGGUAAAUCCUACUAUGAGGGGGAUUCGCUGCUUCUUGACUGCAACGAAUGCGUAUGUAGAGGUCAGGUGUGGCAGUGUGAGGAUAAUGAAUGCCCGGCUACGUGCAGUGCCUACGGUGAUUCCCACUACUCCACAUUCGAUGAACUCUCCUACGAGUUCCAAGGGUCAUGCGACUAUAUUUUGGCUCAAUCUGCUGACAACAAUCCAGACAAAUUUGUCAUCACAACAAAAAAUGUACAGUGUGGAACCAGUGGCGUGACUUGCUCCAAAGGCAUUGAUAUCACCUUAGGACGAGAGUCGACCAGCUCAUUUUACCGUUUGAAGCUUGAAAGAGGUAAAUCGAUAAGACCAGACCCACGUUUGCCAUUUGAUGUUCUAGAAGUUGGAGAGAUGGUUUAUUUCACCACGGACUUUGGGCUCACAAUUCAAUGGGAUAAGGGUACAAGAAUCUACAUUCGACUGGCACCCCAACACAUGGGCAAGGUCUCAGGUUUAUGUGGAAACUACAAUGGGGACAGAACUGAUGACUUCUCCUUGCGCCAAGGUGGUCCUCCUGUUGGAAAGGUGACCGUGUUUGCUGACAGCUGGCGAGUACAUCCUUACUGUGAAGUGUCCAAGGAGGUAGUGGACACCUGUCUCUCGGCCCCCAUGAGAAAGCCCUGGGCCAGGUCAAAGUGCUCGGUUAUGGCAUCAGAAGUGUUUGAACCUUGCCACGGUUUGGUUGAGCCUGAGGGUUUCAUAAAGCGGUGUGAAUUUGAUGCCUGUGCUUGUGACAUGGGUGGAGACUGUGAGUGUUUGUGUACUGCCAUUGCCGCCUAUGCCUACCAGUGUUCCAGUAAAGGGGUUCACAUCAACUGGAGAACUGAAGAGCUCUGUGGACUGACCUGCACUGAAUGCCAUGUCUACAAUCCAUGCAUCUCGCUGUGCCCCAAGAAGACUUGCGAAAACCGCCUUUACUACGAUCAAAUAUCUCAGGACUGUGAGAAUGAACGUGGUGUCUGUUUUGAAGGCUGUGAUCUUCACCCCUGUCCCGAAGGUCAAGUAUACGACUCUCUCAUCGAGCCGGUCACUUGCAUUCCUGAACCACUCUGUGAGUCACCAGCUUGCGUGAUCAAUAACAAAAUAUACCGUGAAGGAGAACGCAUCGAUGAUCCCACAGUGUGCAGACAAGAGUGUGAAAUUUGCAACUGUCGCAAUGGAGAGCUGGAGCACAUCACCUUUGGAAAGUGCGACCCUAUCAUUGUGACCAUCCGACCACCAGUCACUCCUCCCAACGUCACUGCAAUCCCUCCUUUUCCACCUGUCACAGUGCCUGUUCCUCAGCCAUUUGUCGCAUGCGUGAAGCAUGGCUGGACUAGCUGGAUGAGCGCAAGUGUCCCGACCCAUGCCAAUGCAGGAGAUUUUGAGACAGUUUCUGGUCUGCGAUCCAAGUACACCUUCUGUCAUGAAAGCCAGUUGAGAGGUAUCAGAUGCCGUGUCAUCAAUCAGCCAGAAUAUGGGGUUUACUUUGGCCAGAAAGUGACCUGUGACCUUCAGAAUGGAUUCUCUUGUCGCCAUGCUGAUCAGGCUGGGGGUCUCUGUAUGGACUUUGAAGUCAGCUAUAAUUGUGAUUGCAGUAUCCCUCCACCUAUGGGGCCAAGACUCCCAACAUCAGUCCCGCCAUACGGUCCCAGGGUGCCAGGCACCACCGUGUCUCCCCCUCGCCCCAAGUGUUCCAGGGAGGCGUGGUCCUCAUGGGUCAGCUCAGACACCCCUGCCGGUGAGGGAGACGUGGAGCCCAUACCACAAGACCCAAGGGCAACGUUUGACUGCGCUAGAGAGUACAUUACCCAAAUCGAGUGUCGGCAAACCCUCACGGAACUGUCUGUAAAUGACACACUAGAUGUUGGAGUGACAUGCGAUGUUGACAGAGGCCUCGUUUGCGAGAAUAGUGAGCAGCCUUCGGGAUCACAGUGUAAAGACUACGAAAUUAGGACAUACUGCCAGUGCUCUCCCAAUUUGGGUUGUACUGCUGAACCCCUUGUGUUUGGCCUGCCUGAUUCCAGCUUCAGCGCAUCCUCUACUCUAGACCCUGAUACAAAUGGACCAGCGGAUGCUAAAAGAGGUUCCGACAGUUACUGGGUCCCUGAUGAUGAUGAUGCUAACCCUAUGAUAGAGGUGAACUUGGGUGAACCUCGCACUAUUGUGGGCGUGAGCACAUGGGGUGGAGAAGGCAUGUCUGAGUGGGUCUCCUCCUUCUACAUUCUGGUCAGUGACAAGAACUGCCAGUUUUUCUCCUUUGUAAAAGAAAGGAAUGGAAAAGUGAAGCUUUUUGAUGGAAAUGUGGAUGAUUCAUCUGUUGUGACCAAUUACUUACCAGAAAUGCUGCACAAUGUACAGUGCAUUAAGAUCAAACCUGUCAACUACGUAAGCUUUCCAUCCAUGAGCUUUGAGAUUCUUGGAUGUGGAUCAGACUAUGUUCCACCCACUGCCCCAACAACACCAGUCACUGUAAGUUUACCAAGCACCACAAGAGCCCCGUACACAGAUGGUGUCCCAACCACCCCAUACACUGGUGCCCCAACCACCCCAUACACUGGUGCCCCAACCACCCCAUACACUGGUGUCCCAACAACUCCAGGCUCUCCUCCAGUGACUGGCACACCGUGGGAACCUGUUCCAUCUUGUGGCUGGACAGACUGGAUAAACUCACAGGCUCCUUCACAGCUUGGUGAGUUUGAGAGCAUGAGCAACUUGAGGCUUUCCCGUGCUUUCUGUGAAUAUCCAACAGAUAUCGUAUGCCGCACUGUUCCAGAUCAGAAUAGUCCUGAUGGCAUCCGUUGGGACAAGGCCAGGCAAAUGGGUGUUUCAUGUGACCUGAACAGGGGGUUGAUUUGCCUCAACAGCAUUCAACCCUCUAAUCAACCGUGCUAUGAUUACGAAGUUGCUGUUCUCUGUGAAGACUCAUGUGCUCCCGAGAUGAACACCACAGCUACCACACCUGCUGUCGGAUCGAGUGUUCCAACCACAGUUCGGCCAACAGAUUCGGAUAUUCCUACUUCAAGUCCACCAACAAUAGAUGACCAGAAGACCACAGGCACCACCCCAUUCAGUGGGACUACCUUGUAUACACAAGUAACCACGGGAAAAGACAUGGAGACAACUGGUCCCUCUUUCCCUGAGAUCCCACCAACAGUAACAAGGGUACCUCCUCUCACUGAUGUACCUCCCUCCCCGACAUCGUGGACUUAUUACACAGGAGAUGAUCGUGUUCCUUCCACCGUCCCUCCCAGCGGGCCAACGCCUACUGACAGGUUCCCUCCCUUACCCACUGGACCAACUCAGGCAACUCCACAGCCUCUGUUCGUCACCUAUCCACCAAUUACAGACGGGGAUAAAGUCUGUGAUGAAGUCAUGGGUCUCUUUAGCCGUCAAGUCGUUGGAAAGGAACAAUUCUCUGCCUCCUCCAGUGAUGGAGUUGCUUUCGAUGCUUACAAUGGACGACUUUUUAAUCUUCCAUCAGACUCAUUAAAUGGAGGCGCAUGGAUGCCAAAGAAGAUGGAUUUGAAUCCUUAUCUUGUCAUUGACCUGAAACACCCAGAGUUUAUAUCCGGUAUCAUCACUCAAGGCAGGCCGGAUGCUCCACAGUGGGUCAGUAAAUACACUGUGAAAACCUCUCAAGAUGGGGACAAUUUUGAGUGGUACACUGAUGAAGGUGGCUUCCUUCCAAAGGUGUUUGUCGGAAAUUAUGACAGCACCAGUCCUGUCAAGACAUUCUUUAGAGAUGAACUACUUGUGAGGAAAGUGGCUAUUUAUCCAACAGAGUAUAUUAACGGCAUUGCUCUGAGGGCUGAUUUGCUCUCUUGUGAUGGUGUGGCCACCGUAACUACUCCACCAACCCCAUUUACUCCUACCCCUCCAUACACUAGUGCCCCAACCACUCCAUACACUGGUGCCCCAACCACCCCAUACACUGGUGCCCCAACCACACCAUACACAGAUGGUGCCCCAACCACACCAUACACUGGGGUUUCUACCACACCAUACACUGGGGUUUCUACCACACCAUACACUGGUGUUCCUACUACUCCAUACACUGGUGUUCCAACAGCCCCUCCCACUCGGCCCUUUGUUGCAACUUCAACUGUUGUAACCCUCACUCUGAAGACAACUCGUAUGCCUGCUCCGGUGACCUCAACAACUUUUGUGCCAGGCACAAUGUGCAAUGUACCAAUGAACCUGGACUCUCCGAGAUUAAUCCCAGACAAGUUGAUGACAGCUUCCACUUCUUCUGGAAAUCAAGUCGGACCUCAGCAGGGCAGGCUACUGAAUGCGCAGAGUGCCUGGGUACCCAGUGAAAACUCUGAGGACCAGUGGCUACAAGUUGACUUCCUUAAGCCUCAAGUCCUGUCUGGUGUGAUGAGCCAGGGGCAUCCCCAUGAGGACAAGUGGGUGUCCAAAUUCUUCAUCACUUACAGCCAGGAUGGCCUCAACUUUCUCUUGGUGAAGGAUGAUAACGGGAAACCUAUCGCAUUCUCUGGCAAUGUGGACAAAGACAGGGUUGUCCGCAAUUAUUUCCCUCAUGCUGUAACUGCACGUUUUGUGCGCUUCCAUCCAACGGAGUGGUCUCAGUAUGGUAUUGCUGUUCGUCUCAACUACAUUGGUUGUGUCAGUCCAGACAGGGGGGCAAAGACUACGGAACCCACUGUCACCCAGCCAACUGACGUCACUGUCCCAACCAAUACGUCUGUCAUCCAUGAGCCAGUUUGUGCUAAGCCAAUGGGAGUGGGAGAUGAGCGAGUGGUCCAAGAUUACCAGAUAAUAGCCACAAGUCACAGUGGAGAGGACGGCAGGCCAGAGCUCGGACGUUUGACUGAGGGUCAAUUCAAAGGAGCUUGGGUUGCUAAGCCCAGAGAGACUGCCCCCUGGAUUCAAGUUGACUUUGAAGAAUCAAAGAUGUUAACUGGUAUUAUUAUCCAAGGGCAUGGUCAGAGAAAUUCCUGGGUGACAAAGUAUGAGGUAUACUACAGUACCUACGGUGAGAUUUUCACUCCUAUCUGGCUGGAUGGAGAACCAAGGCAAUUUAUUGGAAAUGAUGACAGAAACACACCUUUGUACAACUUCUUUGAUGAAGAAAUUGUGGCAAGAUAUAUCCAACUGCAACCCGUUGAAAAACAUGGAGAAUUUGCCCUGAGAUUUGAAGUCCUUGGAUGUAAUCCAUCUGAGCCAAACCCAGAGGUAACCACGCGACCACCACUGUCCACCACUCCAGCCUCUGAGGAGGAGGACACCACCACAGUAACCACUACGCCAAUCCCAGCAUGGAUGACCACUGUUCUGUCGACCACUGAAUCAGGUGUCACAGAAGAAGAAGGACCAAAGGUUUGCCUGAUACCUAUGGGUCUUUACGACCCACAUAUUGUUAGUGAGGGCCAGUUGUCUGCCAGCAGCAGCCUUGACGACCUUCACUCGCCACAGGAAGCUCGUAUUUACAAUACCAAGUCAGCCAGCUCAGGGGGAUCUUGGAUUCCAGGGUCGGACUCUGAGCCAUGGAUUGAAGUGGACCUGAAAAGUGAUAAAAUGAUAUCUGGAGUGACCACACAAGGCAGCCCUGACCAGCCACGGUGGGUCCGCAAGUUCACGGUGCAGUACAAGGAAGAGGAUGGUGUAUUCUAUUCAGACUACACCGAGUUCCCGAAUCAAGGCCCACCUGUUGUGUUUGAGGCGAAUGACGAUCAGAGUACUGUAGUCAGGAACCUUUUCAACAGAGACGUCAUUAUGCGCUACAUUCGUCUUGUCGUGGUGGAAGCUGCCCCCUCGGGUCCAGGGCUGAGGUUUGACCUUCUCGGUUGUCAACCUGACACUCCUGAUCUAGACGUCACGGAAGCUCCAACUGAGACUCCUGUCCCUGAAGAGACAACAGAACCGGAUGGGGAAGUUACGUCACCAGGACCGGAUGGAGUGACCACAACCGCAAGACCAGAUGGAGUGACCACAACCCCAGGACCAGAUGGAGUGACCACAACCUCAGGACCAGAUGGAGUGACCACAACCCCAGGACCAGAUGGAGUGACCACAACCCCGGGACCAGAUGGAGUGACCACAACUCCAAAACCUCAGACGGAAGCCACAAGAAUUCCCCCAGCCAAAGUGUGCAGCAAGCCGAUGGGAGUGGAUAACCCUAUGAUGGUGGCUGACUGGCAGAUAACGACUUCCUCAAGCAAGAGCUCUGAAGAGGGGCCUGCUCGAGCCAGACUCUUUACCCAGAAGGAUGGGAAGCUGGCUGGCGGCUGGACCCCAGUGGACAACAGUGAGAACCAGUUCAUCCAAGUAGACUUCCUUGAGCCUUUUGGCUUUGGUGGCGUAGUGACUCAAGGACGUGCAGAUUUGCCCUACUGGGUCACUCACUACGCUGUGUCUUUCAGCAGUGAUGGCAGCAAUUUUGUUCUCUUGACUGUUGAUGGGAAGGAGGGUUCUCAACCAAAAAUAUUCUCUGGCAACUCAGAUCAAAACACACCAGUGACCAAUUUGAUGCCCAAGACCAUAGAAGCUCGGUUUGUGAGGAUUCAUCCCGUGGCAUUCAAUGAAGGUAUUGGCUUGAGAUUCAACUUGCUUGGGUGCCGGAAACCAGUCACAGUCCCCACCACGCCUGCUACAACUGUACCAUCUGUAACUUCAACUCCUGAGUCUAAUGACACGGUGAGCGAACCCACAGAAAUCCCAGGAGUUAACGGGACAACGAGCCCCACAGGAACACCAAUUGUUACCGGAACAACAAGCCCUACAGGAAUUCCCGAUGUCACCGGAACAACAAUCCCCACUGGAACUCCAGACGUUACCGGCACAACACAAGUCACAAGACAGUACUGUACCCGCAGCCACUGGCUUCCUCCAGUGAAUCAACACAGCCCUCUCAUUGGGUCAGGAGAUAGCGAGUUCUUGCCUCAAGAUCAACUGCAGGAAUUGUGUUUCGGCGGACAGGUCACAGACGUCAAGUGUUACACUGAAGACGGCACACCCGCAGAUCAAACUGGAGAAAUCGUCACGUGCAACCUCCAGGACGGUUUGAUAUGUGUCAAUGCUGACAACGAGCCGGACGGUUGCUCUGACUACGGCAUAGUUUACAGGUGUGAAUGUGUUGAGCCAACCACGUCACCUCCUCCCACGGAGAGCACUGUGCCAAGCACUGAUGAUGAUGUCCCCACCACAACAGUCAAAGAGCCAGAGACGACUACUCUUCCACCAGUUUGGGUGUUCGGCACAACAACGACUCCCACACCUCGUGUCCCAUUUACAACACGCUGGGAAUGGUCAUGGUUGUCCACCACCCCACCAACCCCUGAAAGCCCUGAAAGCCCUGAAAUGUCUACUUAUAAGAUGCCCCCAACAAUGCCCCCAACAAUGCCCCCAACAGCCACGCCUCCUCCGCCAAAGCUUUACCUGCGCUGCAACUGGUCACCGUGGCUGAACGUGGACACACCUUCCCAGGGCCUGGGAGACAUGGAGACAAUCGCUGCCCUCAAAGCCAAGUACGGUCUGUGCUCGCGUGUCACCAACAUCAACUGCCGGGUGGCGGGGACUUCCACGGACUACUCAGACGCCGGUCAGGCGGGUGUCCGCUGUGAUCCCUUCAAUGGGCUGCGUUGUUUUAACAGUGAGACGGACGAAGGCUUGUGUUACGACUAUGAGGUCCGGGUUCUCUGUUGGAGCAGUGAAUGCGAUGGCCCAACCCCUCCCCCUCCCAAGCUGCCAACCACACCUCUUGUCCCGAUGACCACGGAGUUUGAUGCUCACUCCAGAACCACAGGUAAAUCUUUUCAUUCCGUUUGCCAUGAUUUAGGAGAAAAGGGAGCUGAAAUCUGUUCCAGCGCAAUGGGAAUGGCAAACCUGGAGAUCCGAGACGAUAUGAUCUCUGCCAGCUCUUAUCUGGACGCUGCUCACUCCUCUGCACAUGGCAGGCUUGGUGAGCUGAGCAGCUGGAUGCCAGCAAAGUCUGACACACAGCAGUAUAUACAGCCCUUCGAGAGCUGGACCAGCCCGUCCAACCCGUGCUCCAAGUGCAGCUGUUUCAACAACGAGGUGGUGUGCACCAUCCCAGAGCAGUGCAACUUACCCGGCUUUAAGACCCCGCCCCCGCCUACAGUAGCUCCUGUCUGUGGCUGGUCCACAUUCUUUGAUGAGGAUAAGCCUAGUACAGGUGGCGGGGAUAUGGAGCUCAUCUCUAAUUUGGUCAGCAAAUAUUCUAAGCAAGGGCUGUGCACCAAACCUGUGAUGGCUGAAUGCCGAGACUUAGAAACUGGACAAGAAGCAAGGCUGUCUGGUCAAAAGAUACAGUGUGAUGCAGUUGAAGGUCUCAAAUGCUUCAACUCAGAAAAUGGUGGCCGCUGCAAGAACUAUGGAAUUCGUGUUUUCUGCUCGUGCCCAAGUGCACUAACACCUCCUACAACGGCCUCACCAAGUACUCCGUUUGUGACUGGACCUACAACGACACCUGGACCAUUUGUGACUGGACCUGAAUCUACCCCUGGCAUUGUCACUGGACCUACAUCCACACCUGGCAUUGUCACUGGACCUCCGUCCACACCUGGUAUUGUCACUGGACCCACAUCCACACCUGGCACUGUCACUGGACCAGACACCACACCUGAUGUUGUCACUGGACCAGACACCACACCUGGCAUUGUCACUGGACCUACAUCCACACCAGGCAUUGUCACUGGACCCGAUGCUACACCUGGCAUUGUCACUGGACCUCCGUCCACACCUGGCAUUGUCACUGGACCUACAUCCACACCUGGCAUUGUCACUGGACCUCCGUCCACACCUGGUAUUGUCACUGGACCCACAUCCACACCUGGCACUGUCACUGGACCAGACACCACACCUGAUGUUGUCACUGGACCAGACACCACACCUGGCAUUGUCACUGGACCUACAUCCACACCAGGCAUUGUCACUGGACCCGAUGCUACACCUGGCAUUGUCACUGGACCUCCGUCCACACCUGGCAUUGUCACUGGACCUACAUCCACACCUGACAUUGUCACUGGACCUCCGUCCACACCUGGCAUUGUAACUGGACCCACAUCCACACCUGGCAUUGUCACUGGACCUACAUCCACACCUGGCAUUGUUACUGGACCCACAUCCACACCUAGCAUUGUCACUGGACCUACAUCCACACCUGGCAUUGUCACUGGACCCACAUCCACACCUGGCAUUGUCACUGGACCCACAUCCACACCUGGCAUUGUCACUGGACCCACAUCCACACCUAGCAUUGUCACUGGACCUACAUCCACACCUGGCAUUGUCACUGGACCCACAUCCACACCUGGACCUACCACUACUCAAGACCCAACGAAACUGAAUCUGUGUGGCUGGACUGAGUACAUGAGCGCACAUACCCCAGACAUGAUGGGAGAGCAGGAAACCUUGCCCAGACUUCGCACCAAGUACACGUUCUGCGAUAAAUCAAACAUUUUGGACAUAAGAUGCAGAGACAAAGCCACCAAAAAGACAGCAGAGGAGCUGGGACAAGUAGAUGUUCAUUGUGACCUCUCUUCAGAAUUGAUUUGCUUCGGUUUCAACCAGCCAAAUGGCCUGUGUGCUGACUAUGAGGUGAGCUACCUGUGUGACACAACCAGUGAUUUCUGCACCGCUACACAGCCACCCAGCACUGUCGCUCCUAGCUACAACAGAACAGACAUUUCAAGCCCGAGCACACUAACCACUGUGGACAUCCGGGAGGGAGGGAGAAGAACCCCACAGCCUCCUACUUCCACGAGCCCUCAGCCUACCACUCGGGCACCACCUGUUGUCAAAGUGUGUGAGGACCCUAUGACGGACACUGUCCCGUUGUACAAUACUGACAGAAGCCUGACAGCGUCUUCCUCAUUAUCUCCUUACACUGGCCCUGACAGGUCAAAACUUGACACGCCACUGGAUACUCUCUAUUCUGGAGCCUGGAUACCUAAAGAAUCUGACCAAACUCCGUGGAUCCAAGUAAGUUUCCCUCAAGCAAUGACCAUCACGGCCAUCAGCACACAAGGCAGCGAUGGCACACCAGACUGGGUGGAGACGUACCAAGUAUACUAUAGUGUAGAUGGUGAUACUUACCACUAUAUUUUGGAUGACCAAGAUAAUCCCAAGAUAUUCACUGGUAAUUACGACUCUGAUAGCAUCAACAAGGAAGUUAUCUCUCCAACCACGGUGAGGAGCCUUAUGAUUCAACCCCUCACCUGGUUCAACAGGCCAGCUCUGAGGUUUGAUGUGCAUGGAUGCAUUGCCCCAGAGACUCCAACAGUCCCAACAGCCCCUACUACCCCAGAUGGUCCAGAUGCUCCAACAGGUCCUACAACUCCAGAAGGCACAGAUGGUCCAACAGGUCCUACAACUCCAGAAAGUCAAACAACUCCCACACCAUCCAACUGCACCUCUGGCUGGUCUGACUACAUCAACAGAGUCCACCCUAGCGCGGUCCAGGGUGAUGAGGAGAAGAUGAGCGCCGCGGAGCUUGGGGAAUUCUGCCCAGGAGGAAACAUCACUGACAUUGAAUGCGUAGAUCAGGACCACAUUCCAUCUCACAGCCUAGCACAGGACACCACGUGUACCAUUGAAGGUGGCUUCCGAUGCACAAAUGAAGAGCCAAUUCCUGGAUUUGACUUUGGGGACAUUGGGCAGUGCUAUGAUUACAAAAUCAGAUACUUCUGCACUUGUGGAGAACCAGUGAUCGUCACAACUAUCGAGCCACCCACUACUCCCAGUGUGCCAUCAACUCCUAAACCAUCCCUUCCACCGAGUGUGACGCCGCCUCCAAAGCAUACAACACCCAUCCCAGAAAUCUGUUCCAGCGCAAUGGGAAUGGCAAACCUGGAGAUCCGAGACGAUAUGAUCUCUGCCAGCUCUUAUCUGGACGCUGCUCACUCCUCUGCACAUGGCAGGCUUGGUGAGCUGAGCAGCUGGAUGCCAGCAAAGUCUGACACACAGCAGUAUAUACAGGUUGACUUUUUGGACCGUGAGCUGAUAUCUGGAGUGACUGUUCAGGGUCAAGAAAACGCCCCAGUAUUUGUAAAGACAUACAAAGUGCUGUAUAGCCAAGAUGGCGUCAACUGGGUUCCUUACCAAGAAGUUUCCGGACAGGACAAGAUCUUCAUUGGAAGCUCAGACUCCAAGAUUCCAGUUACACAAAUGUUCGCUAAACCGGUGCGAGCACGUUUUGUGCGCAUCAACCCUCUGACCUGGAACAACCGCAUAGCUCUUCGCUUUGAACUCCAUGGCUGCCCAUCUGGCGGAUACCCAACAAUGCCCCCAACAGCUACAUAUGGAGACAUCAGGACAACUGGUGCUAAAACAGUGGUCACUACACCUGCUCCCACUGUUGAAGACACUUGCAUCGAGUGGGACUUGUGGUUGGAUCUGCACCAGCCUGACCUGCAGGAUCACAAUGAAGUAGAGUCUAUCGACGACCUUAUCGCUGCCUCCAGUCGCUGCCGGAUGCCCAUGGCCAUUGAAUGUCGCACCGCCACACCCGCCCAUACACCAGCCCGUGAGACCGGGCAGAACGUUGUGUGCAAUCUGUGGGAAGGUCUGCGCUGCCUUAGCCAAGAUGUGUCAGAGCCGAGAUGCUUCAACUAUGAAGUGCGAUUGGGCUGCCUGAAAGACACGCCAGAGUGUGCUGUGGACACAACACCGACCGUGGCACCUUUUGCUAUCUGCUACCCGGGCAUGGACACCCGCCAUUGUCCUGCUACAUGCCCUGUGGGUACCUUCUGUGAUGGUGUCAAGUGUGUGCCCAAAGACGACUGCCCGUGCCUCAUUGGAAACAAAGUGGUUAGGCCUGACGGUGUGGCGAGAAAUGAGAACUGCGAAAUCUGCCAGUGCCUGGCUGGAGAGCCCCUUUGUAUGGCCAAGAAGGAAUGUCCACCCUGUGAUGAGGGCAUCAGCAACCGUGACCCCAACACGUGUUCUUGUGAGUGUCUCUUGUGUGCCCCGGGACUGUUCCAGUGCAACGAUGGCGUUUGUCUCGAACCUGAAAAAACUUGUGAUGGAGUCAUUGACUGCCUCAAUGAUGAAUUGAACUGCGAUGUGGACGUGACAUUUACGCCUCCAGAUUUCAAUAAGACAACCACACCCAUUGCUCCUCUUCCCUCUGAAGAGAUUUCGACCACUGAACAAGUAACAACUCCAACUGGUGAACCUGGAACUUCCACUUCUCCUGGACCAGUGACAGAUAUUACCACCGGCCCAGGUCCAGUUACAGAGACUACAGGUACCACCAGCCCAAAUGCAACAGACGCAGUUACUCCCAGCCAACCCACUCCCAGCACAACCACCACUAGCCCCACCACCACCAGUCCAACUACUACCAUCCCAGGCCCAGAGUCAGAAUGGUGUCCUAAAGUGUUCUGCCCAGUUUUGUCAAAACCAGACCUCAAGGAAGGCAUGACGGCAAAACUCCGCCGUACAAAAGACGGAUGCUGCCAGGAGUAUGUGGUUUGUGACAUCGAUGCCUGUUCAGCCAAAAUCUCUGCGUGCAACUCUCCCAUGGUGCCCCAGACUAUCCCCACUGACGAGUGUUGCCCAGACUAUCAUUGUGUGUGCCCUGACAAUUGCCCUGUUCGUCCUACCCCUAGGUGUGGACCGGGUUCAGAAGCAGUGAGGAUCAUGCACGAUUGCAACUGCACUAGCGUGACCUGCGUUACUGUCCCUCCGGUCUUCAUACAAACCACGCCCGUCCCUGUACCUGAGCUGAUUGAGGAAUGUGUCUACCAACAGACACUGGACAUCGUGAAUGGUCAAUCAGUAGACCUGGCACAGCCCACUGACAAGGUCUUCCAGAUUGGUGACACUUGGUCUGACGGGCUGUGCAAGUCGUGUGCGUGCAUGAACAGCUCAAAGGGGGCCAGCGUGGAGUGUACUGAGGAGAAGUGUAGCCCAUGUAAACUGGGAGAAUCGCGAGUAGACACCCCAGGCCAGUGCUGUGGGGAAUGUGAACCCACUGGCUGUGUCCAGAACAGAGUUGUCUAUAAGGAGAACGAGAUCGUUCCAAAUGACCGCAAGUGCUACACAAAGACCUGCAAGAAGGACCUAUUUGACGGCAGCUUCAUCAUGGAAGAAACACAGAAGCCUUGCGAGAAGCUCGAAAAUCUGUCCCCCUGCAGAGAUGGCUUAAGUGAAGAGGACAUGUAUGAUUCUACUGGAUGCUGCUUGGCGUGUGUUCCACCGAGCUUGCUGCUGACCAAUGACUCUAGUGUGUGCCAGACCUGCAGCCCCACCCUGAUGUUCGGCUCACCCACUCAAUCCAUCGGCUUCUUCAAGGUGACCUUGCCCUCAGGAGUCAGUUGUCAGAACGACGCUCCAAUCCCCGAUCUGAAGCAGUGCAAUGGCUACUGCGCUUCCACCUCUAAGUAUUCUGAUCUGAUGAUGGGAUUCGACUCCAACUGUAAGUGCUGCACCCCAACAAGUAUAAGCGCACUCCCAGUAGGCUUGGUCUGUUCCGACGGCAAACGCAUCACCAGGAACUACGACGUAGCAAAUGCAUGUGGAUGUUUGCCAUGCUCUGGAGGGUCCUAGACAGAAGCUUUCCUCCAAUUUUUUUAAUGAUGCAAUCUCCAGAUAUGAUGUAUUCAUUUGUUAAUUUUCUGUUUACCUUAAUUAUAAUAUUUAAAUCCACCCCAUCCUAAAUGUAAGCUGAUUUUGUCCCUUACAAAAUCGUUAUUCCCUUUAAUUAUUUUUAACUUGUGUUUUUUCUCAAGUUGGAAAAAAAGAUAUAUUCCGAACAUGAUAUUAUUGACCUUCAUAAAUCUUUCCUCCUAGUUACUGUAACUCUCUCAAGGAAGAAGCGAACCAGUUUUGAUAUUAACCUUUAGUGCCUUGACAGACUGGUAUAAAUUUCUGUAUUGAUCACAGUAUUGACAUAUUUGCUUAUAACAAAAACAAACUGAUGACAUACGAUGAAUUUGUGAAAUGUUUUGUUCCUUUUGCUGAGCAUGCAGUUUCUGGGACCUUGUCCUUGUUUUGACAGAAUAAAUUAUGGUCAUAAAUAUA